AUGCUCCGCACAACCUUUACCAAGACGGCCGCAUUCCGUCCCCUCAGAGCUACCUUCACCACUACUGCUCGAGCCAUGGGCGAGGGUGAUACCGGCGCGCCUCCCAAGACCGGCGGCCCUGGUGACGCUUUCCAGCGCCGUGAGCGCGCCAGCGAGGACUGGGCCAUCCGCCAGCGUGAGAAGGAGCGUCUCCCGGAGCUCAAGAAGAAGCUCGCUGAACAGCAGCAGCACCUUCAGCGCCUCUCUGACCACAUUGAGGAGAUCACCCGCGAUCAGGGUGGUGAGAAGAACUAA